UUAUGGUCUGAACUAUAAAAUUGAGAGCAAUCAUCUCCUUUUAGUUUGUCCCAUUUUUUUCCAUCAUGAAACAUGUAAUUCGAAAAAUUUUUAUACUGAAUUGGGAAAAGAUAAUUUGUACCGACAUUCAUUUCCCAAUGAAAUAACUUGUUGAUCGGUUGGCACGUCCUCCGAAGCGAUCGAAAGUGACAUGAUCAACGCGUUUCGUGAAGGAAAGAGACGCGAUCAGGACGAAGAGGUCGAUGCUGCUGUCAAAAAGUGAAAGGUUGCCUCGAUCCUCACGCAAUCUAAAUUCCCUUUAGUUACAAACUGAUCUCUCCCCCUUGAAGUUCAUAUACCACCGGCCCAUCGACGAGAGUGACAGUGUUUUUUAUAUUCUAAUUUUAAUAUAACGAAAUAGCACCUUCAAAACUAAAACAAAGAAAUUAAAUUAAUCAAACGAGUAGGAGUAGUCAAAAAUGUCCCAAAAAUCCUAAUAGACUAAUAAAAAAAUAACCUAAAAGUAAAUAUUUAAAUUAAAUUUAAUACAAAACUAAAUUUCCCAUAGUAUAAAUUUUUUCAAAUAAAAUUUUUUUCUUUUUGGAAUUUUUGCUUCUCGAAAUACAAAAAAAGUCUGGAAACAUGAAACAAAAGCCAUUUUCAAAGAAUCCGAGUUUAAGAAAUAAAAAUAACGGAGCAAAUGUGUAAAAGUGAGAGAAUUAUUUAAUAACAGUGAACUGGAAUAUUUUUAAUAUCCAUUUGCAAACUGUUUUUCUUUGGAUUUAUUGCAAUUAAAUUGAAAACUGAAAAAUCAAUGAACAAAUGGCAUCGACAAUGGCUGCAGAAUGUGCAGAGACGAAGAAAAAUUGUAUGAUGAAGAUGAGUUCCAUGGAAGAGGAGUGUAUGAUUGAGAGAAGAAGAUGUGCAACACUUAAGGAAAUCUCAAAUAUUCUUCAAAAUGAACAAACUUCUAGAUACAAUAAGGAGGUUUUCAAAAAACUCUUUCAAGAAGAGGUAUUCUUGGGUAAAUUAUUCACUCUCUUUGAUCAAAAUCAAGAUGAGCAACUCAAUCAGGACGAAUGGAUUAAUUUUUUGAAAGGAAGACUUACGAACGAUAAACAAAAUGAGUUCGUCGAUCAAAUUGAAAGUGUCGCUUACGCUUUAAUAGGAGAUAGACCUGUAACUCCCACGUCUUUUUGUCAAAUAUUUCGAACAAAAGGGGUGGUCGACAAAUUAUUUCGAUUGAUCGAUCAAGAAAAUACUGGCUAUGUAACGAGACAGCAAAUUAUGGAAGUACUUUCAAACGUUAGCAGUAUGAGUUCACCUCUUUGCAUUGAUCCAAAGAAUCUUGUUUGGUUGGAGACUUUGUUUAAAGCAACUGUCGGCAAUGAACGAGAAAUUCAUCGGGAGGAAUUUAAAAAAAUAAUGGUCUCUAAAAAUCCUUUCUUCACGGAAAGGGUCUUUCAAAUUUUUGAUACUGAUAAUUCUGGUUCGAUAUCCUUACAAGAAUUUCUUGAUGCGAUAAACCAGUUCGCCGGAAAAACACCAGAUGACAAAAUCAGAUUUCUAUUUAAGGUGUAUGACAUCGAUGGGGACGGUCUGAUUCAGCUUCGAGAAUUGGAGCAUGUCAUGAGAGCUUGCAUGGAAGAAAAUGGAAUGAAAUUUAGCGAUGAACAAAUAACAGACCUGACGAUGGCUCUUUUUGAGGACUCUGAUCAAGGAAAUCGUGGGGCAAUUACCUUUGAAGCAUUAAAAAUGCAACUGGAAAAACAUGAUGGACUUUUGGAAAAUCUAUCAAUUAGUAUAGACAGAUGGAUGGUGCCUCCGAAACCAGAGCCAAAGAGAAAAUCCUUCUUAGCGUUUCUAUUAUCUUUACGUCCGUAUCAAUUGACAAAACCGUACAUCAAGAAUAAUUAUGUGUACAUUGCAUUUUUGUUACUAUUCAUUCUAAUAAAUUGUAUUCUAUUUGUGUCGAAACUUUAUGAAUACAUGAAUAAAAAUGGUUUUGUUAUGUUUGCUCGAGCUUGCGGUCAAUGCUUGAAUUUUGAUUUUACAUUUAGUUUAAUUCUAAUGCUUCGACAGUGCAUUACAUUUCUACGAACGCAUGGAUUCAAUUCGAUACUUCCAUUGGAUCACCAUAUAUAUCUCCAUAAAGUGACUGGAAUAUGUAUUGUGAUGUUUAGCUUUUUUCAUGCCCUAAUGCAUCUUCUUAAUUAUGGUAUAAUGGUGGUAAAUGACGAUCAAUUGAAUAGUUUGAAUUAUACAAUGACAGAGUGGCUCUUAACAACUAGACCAAAGUUGUAUGGAUUAAUACCUGGAGCGGCAAAUCCAACUGGUUUAAUUCUUCUCAUUCUUUUAGUCAUCCUAGCUGUUUGCUCAAUGCCUUUCGUUAGAAGAGGAGGUUGCUUUGAGAUAUUUUACUGGACACAUUUAUUGUACAUACCUAUAUGGUUCCUCACAAUUUUCCAUGCGCCCAAUUUUUGGAAAUGGAUGUUUAUUCCCGGUGCCAUUUAUCUUAUGGAAAGAAUUCAUCGUCUGAUGUGGUUGCGAUCUCAGCGUGGAAAAACGUACAUUAGCUCUGGUCUUCUUUUACCCUCGAAGGUCACUCACCUAGUCAUUAAGAGACCACCGCAUCUUGAUUUUCACCCUGGAGAUUAUGUCUUCGUUAAUAUUCCAGUGAUUGCAAAAUAUGAGUGGCAUCCCUUCACGAUCAGCAGUGCACCAGAGCAAGAAGAUUACAUGUGGCUUCAUAUUAGAGCAGUAGGCGAAUGGACAAGUAGAUUGUAUUCUUAUUUUGAAAAAGAACAAUUAAAGCUUCAUCGAGGAGGCGUUAUUCCCGAUGGUUGCAGCAACGUCAGAAAACUUUCCUAUCAAAAUGUUAUGAAAAAGAGAGCUGCUCUUUGCGACAAGAAGUUUUCACUAGAUUCAUUGGAUGAUCCUCGAGGACUUGAUAAUCCACUUUUUGUCUCGGAUGAAAAAACAUCCAAUUCGAGUCCAACAAUUAAUUCUCCUGCAACUUUAACUUCAUCAGCGGAAAAGAAAACGUCUCGAGAGCGAAAAUUGCACCAAUUGAUGCAUAUCAAUAAAAUGCCCCUUGAAAAAUCACAUUCUGUACCUGAUAUGCAAAUCAAGAUCAAGAAACGAGCCCGACUUAUUGCACUUCGCGAUUAUACGAGAUCUGAAUCGGAGAAGAGUUUCGACGAAUGCAAAAUCCGACGAGCACGACUUAAAUCUUUGGGUUUAGCCUAUUUAAGUCCACAAAAUAAAUCGCUCGCACAAAGUUUUCGUUACAUGAGAACAAAACCGACAAUAAUUGCAUUUAAAACACCAAGUUUGGAAAGUUGUGAUAAUGACAAUUUCCUCAUCAACGAAUCCACCUCAAAUAACCAAUCUACGAUAGAAUUGAAUAAUUCCAAAGAGAUACCGGAAAUAGCGGCAGAAGAAGGUCGAGUUGUAAAGUCUCCGGAAAAAGAAGUUAGACGAAAAACGUUACAGGAUAUAAAUUACGAAGAACUAGCUUGUCAAUCAUCUAUUACUUAUCCAGUUGGGAAACCACUCGACAUUUACAUUGAUGGGCCUUAUGGAGCACCUUCCAGUCAUAUAUUCCAGGCUCAGCAUGCGGUGUUGAUAGGAGCAGGCAUCGGGGUCACUCCGUUCGCGUCAAUUCUUCAGUCAAUUAUGCAUAGAUACUGGAAAGUCAGACACACGUGUCCGAAAUGCUCCUUUUCUUGGGCCAGCGAAAUACCGCCUACGGUCAUGAACCUGCGAAAGGUGGAUUUCUUUUGGAUAAAUCGAGAUCAACGAUCGUUUGAAUGGUUUGUUAACUUGCUCUCACAACUUGAAAUAGAGCAAGCCGAACUUGGAGCUACUAUGGAGCGCUUUCUUGAAAUGCACAUGUACAUUACAAGUGCUUUGCAGAAAAAUGAUAUGAAAGCAAUCGGUCUUCAACUCGCUAUGGACCUUCUACAUGAAAAGGAAAAAAGGGAUCUCAUUACUGGAUUGAAGACUAGAACCAAUGCGGGACGUCCAAACUGGGACAAGGUCUUCAAACAGCUUCAGGAACGAAAAAAAGGAAAGGUGACGGUAUUUUAUUGCGGCCCACCGCAGCUAGCGAGAGUCUUGAGGUACAAGUGUGAUCAGAUUGGUUUUAGUUUCCGAAAGGAAUCCUUCUAAGGGAGACAUAAUGCCACUAUGGAAUUAAAGCAAAUUUUUCGAUAAUUUCCGGUAAUUACUGAUAUUGAAAUUAAUUAUCUACAAAAAAUAAAUCCUCGUUACCAAAUUUUCACACAUAAUUAUAAAAAUUGAAUUAUUAUUUUCAAUAUUAGUGACAUAUUUUUUACUAUUAAACUAAAACAUUUUCUAUAAAAAAAACACAGACAAAAUAAUUUUAAUAUCAUUUUAA